AAGGUUCUGACCAUCAAAGGGCCUGUGUCCAUCCCUGUGCUGUUUCCCAACCUCCCUCAUGACUUUUUCCUUUGUCAAUGGGCCAGGGAACUCAAAUGGCUGGAAAAGCUAAAUGCAAUUUCCUUCUGCUCCACUCGUUCCUGCAAUAAGUUUAUUGUCUUCCCUCCUUUCGUUUCACCUAAUUUUUCAACUCCUAUUUAGCGUGAAUCUAAUUGGGUAUCUGAGCUAGUGUCAAACUCUGCUAUUUGUGUAAUCGUGUAUUAUUUUUCUGAGAUCAAGCGGCAGAGACUUUCUACAAUUAGGUUCCAAGGAUAAUGGGGUAGUUACAACUCACCUUCGCAGAUUGGUUCAACUGCUUUUCCCCCUAAAGUUCGUGUUUGGCGUACUUAAAUUCCACUGGAUCUUUCUCCUCUACCGGGUCUUGGUUUUAGGUAAGUUCCACCGUAUCAAAGAUCGACAGCACUUAAAUCUCUCAACUGGGUUUAUGAUUGUUUUUUCCCUUUUGAGAAAAAACCUAAACUUACAUGGGUCUGAUUAGUUUAUUCCUUCUCUGGUUCUAUUUUAUUGUCUUUUAGCCAUCUAUAUAUGGGUCAAACUGUUGGGGUUUAUGCGUUUAUGAGUUGGGUUUUAGUAGAAUCUUUGUGGGUUCUUUACUUCUUUAUGAUUGAUUGAUUGUUGAGUGAUAUCAAUAGAACAUUGAUUGAACUGAUUCAAGGGGUCAAAGUGUAAGUUUUUAUCAUCAGUUAUGGAGUGGGAAUUGAAAGAUUCAGUUUGGGAUUUUGGUGAAUUGAUUGGGUCCAGUAGCAGCUUAGGGGUGCACAAGAAUGGAGGAGGGUUUUCCGUUGACUUGAAACUUGGUGGAUUAGGGGAUUUAGGAUUUGGGUCAUUCGAAAAAUUGAAGGAAACAACAGGAUCCACAACCUCAUCAUCACCUUCUGGGUCCUCAAAGAGGUCGAGGGUUGUGAGUAACGGAGCUCAAAUAAUGUCAUGCUUGGUAGAUGGGUGCAAUGCUGAUCUGAGUAAGUUCAGGGAUUAUUACAGGCGCCAUAGGGUUUGUGAGCGGCACUCUAAGACCCCGCUCGUGACCAUUGGUGGCAAAGAGCAGCGGUUCUGCCAGCAAUGCAGCAGAUUCCAAGCUAUUGGGGAGUUCGAUGAAAAGAAGCGAAGUUGCAGAAAACGCCUUGACGGUCACAACCGACGUCGGAGAAAACCUCAGCCAGAAGCCUUCCAUAUGAGUUCUGGGAGCUUUUGGUCCAAUCACCAAGGUGCGAGACUUCUAUGUUUUAGUGGUCCAGAAGCAUAUCAAACCUCUUCAGCUGGUUCUGUUCUUGCAUGGCCCAGGAUUGCUAAGCACCGCCAAGACCUGCAUGCUGCUGAUCAACAAAGUAUUAUCUCAAAUUCUACACCCUGCCUGUACAAUGGAGGAGACAAACGAUCCCCAUUCUCGCUGGUCAACUACCCUGAAAGAAGAAAUCAAACAAUCCCUGAAGUUUCCGCCUGCCAUCGACUUGUCAAUAGCAGUACUUCCCCUGAAAUCGGCAGGGGCCACCAAAAAAUACUAUCCGAUCGUUUAACACAAUGUAUCAAUUCCAAGCAUGCUCACUCUCUUCUGUCAUCACAUCCGACACAGCCUUUGGAUGUGAUUCAUUAUUCUGACCAGUCGAUUGGUAUCGGCUUGGAUAAUGAUGGUCUAGUUCAAUACUCACACUCACAAGGAGUGGAGAAUCCUUCACUGUUGGUUCCUCAGGGAAGCAAUGAAACGAACCCUCGCAACCAGAUAUUUCAAGUGGCACCUGAUGAUCUGUUGGAAAAAAGAGCCUCGCAGGUGCUACCAUUUUCCUGGAAGUAGUUAUUUGCCUUCUCUUAUUAUUAUUAUUUUUCUUUCUUUUGAACAGAUUUUCUUUGAUUCUUGGUUAGUGUACUUCUAAUGGUAGUGAUUGAUUUCCUCUAUCGGUGUACGCAUUUGAUAAUUUCUACAUUCCUGUUUCUAAACAACAUUGUGAAUUUA